AUGGCGGCGCUUUGCGUGAUGGCCAUUGUCAUUGGGUCCGUCAUCUCCACCGUGUUUGCGCUGCGAGCUAUUUUUCAGCGCAAGACUCGUUUAGCAAAGACCAAAUCAUCUUACAGCGACGUUGGUGAACUUGGCGCUGCGCGCCGCGACUGUCUGGGUCACCGUAACGGUGCGAGUGGCGUCAUCAUUCCCAUGGUGGCCGUUAUCGUUCGGGCCAUCGUCUCCACCAUGUCGAGCGAAAACGGCGGUGACAAAGAAAAGGAGCAAGUGAAGUUUGAGGACCAUCCUCUCCCGUUUUAUACGCUUGCUCACUUCUUGGGAGAUUUCAAAGCUCCAUUGCAUUACUCCCAUGGCCGGAUGGCGAAAUCUUGUGUUAGAUGGACCGAAAGCUUGCUGGGAAUCCUGUCAUGCAAGCUUCUCCGUCUUCUUUCUUCGAUCCAUUGUACAACUUCGCCACGCUUAUGGAAUGUUGUUCAACCUCAAGAUGUCGCCGUGGCCAAUUUUGCUUCAAGUCUGCACCAAUUGCCGCCGAUCGACACCGGUUCCAAGCGAUUCGAGACAAAAUUGGAGCGUGUCCUUCAAAAUCACAACUCUUCGGAUUUUACUCUCGCUGCAGACAUCAGUGGCUGUUGUCCCACCCACUAA